AUGGCAGACGAAUAUUACCCUGCAUACAAAUGCCCAUACGACCACGAGUUCCACGACGCUGACGACCUCGUCUACUACUACCCCGCCACCGGCUUCAUCGAAACCAUCGAGGAAGCCCAGCUCACCGCACACGCCUUCCGCGACACCAAUGGCGAAGCCUACGGGAUAUGGCAGUCCGCGCUCGUCCCCCGCCGGUUCGUUGCAGUUCAGGGACACGCCGGAUUCUGCCUCAGGCACUACGACUACUGCUGGCUCCGUCACGUGGUGGUUCCUAUGGGGGCGGACUUUUCAGAAGAGGGAGACGAUUAUGACGACGACGAAGACGACGACGCUGAAAUGUUGACCUGGGAUAUCGUCCGAGACUUCGACGAUCCCACUUCCCCCGUCGGCUUCGAAGCGGAUUGGAUGGAAGAGGUUGAGUGGGUGUUCGAGGAGGAGGAGGAGGAAGACAGUGACGAGGAGGGUUUAUACCGUCCUCCCACACCCCCCUGGGCCUGA